AUGUCGUCGCGUUGGUGCAGUCCGCGUUUUGUCGUUAGUAACCGCGCGCGUCGCAACGAUUGCUGCUGCUUUUCACGCGGCGUUUUUGGGAGAACAACGAGAAGAAUAGUAUCGUCAUCAUCAUCAUCAUCGUCACCAAAGAAAGAAGAAAAAGAAGGAGGAGGAGGAAAGAAAUUUGCGUCUCUGGAUGACCACACCAUCAACACCAUAUUAGGUCCGUACGAAGCCAGAGAGUGUUCCGCGUGGACCGACUAUCAGCGAAUUUCGAACUCUUGGGUGAAGAAAAUAUCUCAGGAGUGCGACGAGAAAACAAAGAGGAAGAUUACGGAGCGACACAUCGAAGCGUUAUCGAUAUUGUUCUGUCAAGUCGCCGCCAAAGAGGAAAAGGUUCUGGAGGAUCCAGAACGAGUUAUUCAUAACACCUGUCGUUUGGCGGACGUGUUUGAUACGAACGUAGCGAACGUGUUGAGAGCGUUCUCGGUUUCUCCUUUCCUUUGUUUCACCGACGCGACGACGGUGGCGAAAUCUAUUCUGGCGAUGAAACGAGAGUUGCCCUUUUGCGACGUCUCGAAUAUUCUGACGUAUCGUCCGGAGCUCUUAGUAUGCGAUGGUGAGGUGUUAUCCAUGCGUAUACGCGAUACGAAAGAAACGCUGGAAUCUUACGGCAUGCCUUCUCCUUGCGUGAAUUAUUUGAUUCAAGAAGAGCCCGGCCUCCUCUUAGGCGACGGAGGCGUGGAGAGGCUCGAGCAAAUACGAGAUGCCGUGGAUCAGUUUGACCUGUCGCUUUUGAAAUUCAGCGAAAACGGUCAGUUUUUGGACGUAGAUUCGGAGAGAUGGUUUGUCAAUAACUUUGUAAAUUUUUACUUCGGUUAA